AAUACAAGAGAGAGAGAGAGAGAGACGCACAUCAUACCUUCUCUCUCUCUAAGACUUCUCAAACACCACCACAGCAACAAUGUCUACAGAUCUAGAAUUCCGGCAAGAAUUGCCUCAACUCCGACUAGCGGCGAUCAGAAUCAGAGCUUCACUGCUCUCUGAAACCACCGGCGACGAUUCCACCGCCACAAUUCAGACACCAAAAAGCGGAGGCGAUGACGAAUGCCAUACGCCAAAAUCGCCUGAACACAAAAUUCCGGCGAUCCUAAUCUGUCCGCCGGCGCCGAAGAAGCCGAAGCGCUCAGUUUCUUGCAAGAGAAAGCUCUGCGAGCUUGAGUUCUUCGAGAUCGUGGCUCGAGAAGAGGUUGAGUCUUUUUUCAGAUCGAGUUUUGAUGAGUUCGUUGAUGUGAAUCUGAAGAGAAGGUGUCCUUGUAUAUGAAUGAAUCAUCAUUCAGCUCAAUUUUCUCGGAAUCCGGAGAAAUUCUCUCUCUGUCUCUCUCUCUCUAUAUAUAUAUAUGAUCAGCAACAUAUAUGCCACUUUGAUUAUUUGUUCUUUAAAUAUUCUUGUUAAUAUCAGUCAGUCUGGAAAAUUCACGUAAUUUGGAUCUAAAAUAUAGUUUAUCACCAUGAAUUUGUUGUCCAUAUUCUAUUUAAUUAAAGUCAUUCUGAAUUGUUUUCGAA